AUGUCGUUCGGCCGACCUGCCACCACGUCCUUGUCCCUCGGCGGGGCUCCCCCGCUCAAGGGCAGCUUCCCGCUCGACCACGAUGGCGAGUGCAAAGAGUUCAUGGUGCGCUACCUCAAGUGCAUGAAGGCCGCCAAGCAGCAGAGCACCGACUGCCGCCACCUGUCCAAGGACUACCUCAAGUGCCGCAUGGACCACAACCUGAUGGAGAAGACGGACUUUGAGGCGCUCGGGUUCCAGGACGGCGAGGGCAAAGGAGGUGCAGCGCCGGCGGGUGCGCAGCCGACAGCGGGCGCCAAGCACCAGCAGGACCCGACGCCAUCCCGAUGA